CUGGGCAUAUCCGGAAAGGUUGUGAAUUAUGGCCCCAGACACGUACCACCAUGUCUAGCUCUCAGUCCUUCCUGAGGCAACGAAACGCGGCCAAGACAACAGAAAAGAGCGACAGGAAAGAUUCCAGCUCUCCGAAGAGACGUGAAGAAGUGGUAUGGGGAAAGACUCCUGGUGGCGAAGUAUUUCGUGUACCUACUACUCAUGAUGUCUUGACGGCUUUGUUCCAUCCGGCUUACCCAAAAAGUCACCUUGAUAUUUUGAACCUGGCUUUGCUCGGUUUCCAGCUGGUCCUGUUUUUUGCUCUUCCGCGGGGUGCGGCUAGGGUGUUUUUCCUCGUGUAUUUUGCUUUUUGGCGCACAGCAUAUGAUGCUGGACUUGGUUGGGUUCUCACAAAGCAAAGUAAGAAGAAAUGGAUGGUCAAGGAAGUGCAGCGUCUCGGAUGGCUUGACGAGAAUCGUUGUCCUCAAGUCCGGAACUGGAUUCGCGCUCAGCUCGUUGGGAAAAUGGGGAAGGAUUACUCCUUUGAUGAACUACCCCUGGAAUACAACGCAUGGUUACUCUUCAGACAAGCUGUGGAUGUUAUUCUUAUCAACGACUUUCUAGCGUACUGCAUGUUCGCGUUCUCAUGCUUUCGCGUGCCAACGGAUCUGUCCAUUCCCGUACACGUAAUGAGGUGCCUACCAGUCACGCUGGAAAGUUUGCUGUAUUGGAUACCCUUGAGAUGGGCUGAAGUGAAAUGCUAUAGAUGGCCGUACUAUACCAGUAAAGCAGCCUUGGUGCACAUGCUUAAGCUUAAAUCUGAGGCAUCUAAAUAUAGCAAACAUUCCAGCGUGGGUUUUCUCUAUUUCGCACAGCAAGCUAACGCCUUCACUAGAUGGUUAGUGGGCAUAACUCUCAUUUGGUUCAAUCUUUGGGUCAAAACAGAAGCCCACAAUGUCGUCAAAGAUUACGGCUGGUAUUGGGGUGAUGUAUUCUUCCAACGUGGCGCGUUGGUGUUCGAUGGCGUCUUCGAACUGGCCCCUCACCCUAUGUACUCCGUCGGAUACAUCGGCUACUAUGGUUUGUCUCUGAUAGUUGGAAGUUACCCUGUUCUAUUUGUUAGUCUGGCGGCACAUGCUUCCCAAUUUGCUUUCCUCGUUUUCUUCGAGAACCCCCAUAUCGAGCGCAUGUACGGGCAGAAGAAAGCUAUAGCCAAAAGAAUUCCGGUCAACACCCGUUCGAAUAUGGCCUCGUCGUCGAAAUUGGUAUCCGCUGAGUCUGCGUCUCUUCCUCAAGUGCCACCAGAAGAUUGCCCGACCCCAGCGGCUACUGAAGGUGAAACCGCAACGGAGACAGAUCUCGAGACAGAGACAGAGAUGGAAUAUGAUGAAAGCACUCCUGUUGUUGGUUUCAAGAGUAUCAAACGAUCGUUGCAUAGAACGGAACUCUCUACAGAGAGUGCAUCAUCCGCGCACAGUCACGAAGGGCUUCCUAAGAAGAGGAAGGCCUUGUCUAACCAUGAUCUCUUGACGAAGUAUUUCCGUCGCGACACAAUGAUUUUCAAGAACUUUGAUUUGUUUAGGGCAAAUGAUGUCAUGCUAUUGCUGAUUGUUCUCUACUCCUCUGGAUUUGCGCUCAUUCCUCCUUUAUCCGCGAGAGUCACCAUUGCCCUUCAUUUCGUGCAUGCCUUGGGCUGGUGUUUGUUCCAUUGCUUUGGCCUCGGGCUGCUGUUACGUGCACAGAGCGAACGCAAGUAUCUGGUCCGCCACUACAUGAAGAAUUAUCAUUAUCCGCACCAUGACGGUGGAAGUGGUCCCAUCUUAGAGGCUUUUUCGAACUGGAAGGCGGUGUACAAUAUGAGCCAGUGUAUGACAUACGUGUCUCUGAUAGGUCUUGUAUGGAAGACAUACAACCUCCCUACUGAUUGGAUGGUCGGCAACGAGCUGCUCCGUCAUACGCUCGGCGCCCUUCUCGUUGCACUACAUAUUUGGGCGUCGUUAGAAUCGUAUGAGGUUCUCGGAAUGUUUGGAUGGUUUUUUGGCGAUUUCUUCAUGGAAGAAUUUCCUGCUCACGUUGAGUACUCCGGAAUCUAUAGAUAUCUCAAUAACCCAGAGCUUAUGGGGGGUGCUGCGUGGUUUGGUCUCGGUCUUAUUAGCGAGAGUAAGCUAGUAAUUACCCUUGCCGUCAUCCGACACCUUUCCUAUUGGUGGUUCCUUAGCUGCGUCGAGAAUCCUCACAUGCAGAAACUCUAUGGUGACUCCCUACGAAAAGACGCCGGGUUUGUCAAGGUGAUCAAGAGCGUGGCGAGCAAAAAUGCGCGCAUCUUAGAAUCUCGGGCUGGACGCCAUGCACCAGAACUGAAACGGGUGGCGAAGGAGGUGAAAGGUACCUUUGACAAGGUGUUCGAGGAGACAGCGGACGCCGUAGAAGAAUUUUUAGCUAAAUCCCGACCAAAGAUUUCCGGUGUGGUUCAGGACACGAAGGUUUUGUUGCAACAGUCUCGAGAAAAAUUGGUCAUUACGCGUGUUGCAAGUGAUCUUUCGUCCUUCGAUACGGCAAAGUACCAUGCUACUGUCGUCCCUAGCAAGGAAGGUACCCGUAGCUUCCACCUUGGCGAACCUAUCACCGUUCAAUGGCAGGCGCCUCACACUCACUCCCGUAAGGACUGGAUUGGAAUAUACCGAGUCGGCGCCAACAAGUCACAACUGGUUACGAAAACGUCUUCUCUCGGAAUGUGGGAGCCUGUAUACGGCACAGAAUGGGAUGGUGAUGUACCUCUUGAUUCACCUCCUGGUCCGCAGAGUGAUUCGGGUACUGUGACGUUCAAAGCCAACACCCUACCCUGGUUGGUUGGCCAAUAUGAAAUUCGUUACCACCAUGACGGCAAAUACAAUGUCAUGAGCCUCGAUGGCCCUAUUGAGAUUUAUGUUGACCGACCAUCGACUUUAGAUUUACCAUCAGUCCGUGAGACGCUAAUGCGUGUCGUACCAUUGUGCCUCGACUCCGACCCGUCGUUGAUUCCUUUGUCAUACAAAUCUACCCUCAACAGAGAUGGUACUGCAAGUCCGAAUGAAGCCGACGAGCGGGACCCGGAUGAUUUCACCUUCUGGUCUGAACGACAGGCUAAACGCAUUAGCAUGGCAAUAAAGCAGACGUUCGAUGUGGAAUAUGCACCUGAGGUGGUGGUCGCCGAUGCGAAUUUGACUGCGCUGGCGAAUCGAAUAUUAGUCUCAAAGGAGAUUUUGACAGGAUAAACUUUUUUUUCGGAUUGGUGGCAUUUUUGGAUAGAUAUACGUGGAGGAAUUUUACUUUCUACUUCGCUUCGGAAGUAAUUUACUUCGUUGUCUUUUGAGCAGUCAAAAAUUUUCCAUGUGGAAUCUGGAUGCUUUGUGACUGUUGUUGUGACU